AAUCAUGGCGGAUUCUAUGACACACGAGUGAAGUGUUAAAAAAAAUCUACACCAAGAGUAACUUUAAGUAAGUUAACAGGAAUUUUCAUGAAGGCCCCUACAUCAAAGCGACAGGUGUGAGGUUUGCUACUCAGGUUAAUGUAAAGUUUAGUUACUCCAUAAGUCUAGUGCGGCUAGUGCUAAUGUUAGCACGGUGCUUCACAUGAGUGGCACAGCCAACAUUGCCAAAUAGAAACUACCAGGGCGGACAUUGAAACAAAUACAUCCUGCUGUUUGGGACACAACGCCGGCAAACAGGACACUGAAGGUGUCUUCAGGGGCUCUAAACACAGGACCUGGGAUGGACUACGGCACCGACCCGGAUAAUGAAUGGGAGAUUUCAUUGAUGGCACUGUUCGCACCUACUGGACCAAAGAGGAUCUGGAGGCUUGCCAAACAGAGAUGCUGACCGUUCGCCUCGCUACCAAGCAAAUCUCCUAUGAAGAUCUGAAAGCCCUUGUGGGAAAGAGCCAAAAUCUCUUUCUGGUUGAUGUCCGCACCAAGGAGGAAGUGGCUAAUGGACGUAUUCCAGGAUCAGUUCAUAUCCCAGUUGAUACAGUAGGCACUGCUCUUGAAAUGAAUCCAGAAGAAUUCUUGGCCAAGUAUGGGGUAACCAAGCCACCACUAGAUGCACCAGAGUUGGUGUUCUACUGCCGAAUUGGAAGACGAAGCGAAAUGGCCACGAACAAGGCCCAUUCUCUAGGAUAUGUACUAGGAUACACUAAUGCACGUAAUUAUGCUGGAGCAUAUAAGCAGUGGUCCGAGAAAGAGGGAAAGUGAUUGAUGUUAAAGGAAAGCCUUAUAUAUUUAAACAAAUAGCAACUCUGAAAGCUCUGUAGACAAAAUUGUUUAUCCUUUGAUACUGGUUUAUUUUCAUGAAGUACAGCAUUGUAUUUAAAAUGUAUCAAUGGAUACAAAUAAAGUUUAUUUGUUACCCCCA